AUGACGAAUCCCGAGCCCGAAACGCCGGCGAAGCCAACGACGCCCCGCCACAUCGAACUCGAAGAGAACCCGCCCGUGCACCACCCCGGCGAGCCGAGCCCCGGGAUGAGGAACGAUAAGGGCUGGGAUGGCAAGCUGCGCGUUAGGCGGGCGUCAUUGACAAAUCCCGAAGCUCUUUCGGAUCCAGAGUAUUCGGACGACGAGAAUGUGUUGCCCGGCGAGGUGAUUGAUGCCGACGAAGAUCUCCUCGACGGCGAACCCCUCGACACCGACGAAAUCAUCGUCUCCCACUCCCGCAUCGCCUCCAUCCCCGCCCUCAAACUCGAACGCUUCCAAAACGUCGCCCGCAUCUGCUUCCGCCAAAACUGCAUCCAAGAAAUCGACGGCCUGUCCUGCCUAGCCGCCAAACUCAAGGACCUCGACAUGUACGACAACCUCAUCACGCGCAUCCGCGGCCUCGACGACCUCGUCAACCUCACCAGCCUCGAUCUGAGCUUCAACAAGAUCCGGCACAUUAAGCACGUGAACCACCUCAAGGAGCUGCGCGAACUUUUCCUCGUCGCGAAUAAGAUCUCUACCAUUGAGGGCCUGGACGGUCUCGAUAAGUUGACGUCGCUUGAGCUCGGGUCGAACCGUAUUCGCGAGAUUAAGAACCUCGAGUCUCUCACGGCGCUCGAGGAGCUUUGGGUCGCUAAGAAUAAAAUCACACAGCUUACCGGCCUCGGAGGACUGCCCCACCUACGCCUCCUCAGCAUCCAAUCCAAUCGCAUCCGCGACCUCUCCCCCCUCGCCGCCGUCCCCGGUCUCGAAGAGCUGUACAUCUCCCACAACGCCCUCGACUCCCUCAAGGGAAUCGAGAACAACACGAAGCUGCGCAUCAUCGACAUCUCCAACAACCAGAUCGCUAGCCUCGAGGGUCUCGGCCCCCUCGCGGACCUCGAGGAGCUCUGGGCUAGCUAUAACCAGAUCGCUGACAUUGGCGACAUCGAGAAUGUUUUGCGCGAUAAGAAGAAGCUUACGACGGUUUAUUUCGAGGGGAAUCCCGUGCAGUUGCGCGGUCCGGCGCUGUAUAGGAAUAAAGUUAGGCUGGCGCUGCCGCAGGUCAUCCAGAUCGAUGCCACGUUUGUCAAGGUGUAA